GGCGGAAAGCGGGAAACCAGUGUGUUCACAGUUCACUACGGCCUGGCAAGCCGUCCAAAUGGUCACAGGCUCUCGUCGCGUUUUUCGCCGCUCCAUCUCGCCAUGUAAACAAAAAUUCUCCCUUCGCAUCGCGAUAUUUCGCGUAAACGCGUACGUAUUUCGCGACUUCUCUGCGCGACCAUCCUCCGACUUGUUAUCGAAUCGAACCAUGAUGAGGAAAUAAUCACGACGAGGAAACAUCGGAGGCACGUGUCUCUCGAACCAAAAAUAAAAUCUGACGAUUAUAUUUGUUCGAAUUGGAAUUGAAAGAUUGUUAAGAAAAAAAAAAUUAUCGAUUAUCGAUUAAUUUUGUUAAAUCACUAGAUAGGGAAUGGUUCGAUCGAUUGAAAGAUCAAUGGAGGAUAUUUAUUUAUUGUGAGGGUUUUAUUUGACUUAUUUUUGAACAUGGAACGAAGGGGAGAUCGAAACAUGUGGCUGAGUUUAGGUGUUGUUUCAGUGGAAUACUUGGAGAAUUGUCGCCAAUAAGACUCGAGUUUAACUCCAGUUCCUGUGUAAUUCGCUAAAUCCUGGCACACACAAGGGUGCUUUAAGUUCUGUGGCGUGAAAGACUACUUUGGAUACUGCUUAAUUGCGAGUGUUGCUGCUUGUUAGUCAACGUUGCGUUACCAACGUGUAUUUAAUUAUUUUAUCGAGCAUUCUCGAACGUUUUUCGCCAAUCCAAUCAUUUCGUUCGAUUUUAAAGGGAAAAUAUUCCUCGAAUAAUAAAAAUCGAAAUAAACGAACGAUUAAUUAUAAUUAUAUCAAAGCGAAUGAGAAUAACGAUGUUUUAAAGAAAUAAUCGUAGCGGAUAUUUUAAUUAAAAUCAAUGUAUUUUAUCUUAAUUCUUCGGUGUGAUUAAUUCGGUGUUUUUCAUCGGAUUCAUAUAUAUACAUAAUUUCAAUCGGUGUAUUAAUAUAUAAUUUUCUUAAUAACGAAAGAAAAAGAAAGAAGGAAGAAAUAUUUAAAGAUUAAAUUUAUUUCGUUAAAAGUAAUCGAUCCAAAGACAUGGAGUAAUUGAUAAUUGAGAAAAAAAGAAGGAAAAAAUAAAUAUUUAAAGAGAGGAAGAUAAAUAUGACGUGUAUUUAAAAAAAAGAAACAAUUGACAAUUUACUUUAUCAAAAGUAAAAUUAAAUUAAACGUUGUAAUAAAAUUAUAACAAUUAAGAUUAAACGUAAAUCAUCAGAGUUACAUUACGAGAUAUUGUAUGUGUGGAAAGAAAUUCCUUUAAAAUCGAUCAAAAGUGAGUCGAAGAUAAUGUUGGAAAGUGUCAGUGAUAUAUUUUAAAAUAAAGUGGACGUAGUAGACGAGAAUCGAUAGGCAGAAUGUUGAUCGUAAAUGGAGAAACGAAAUAAGAAUUUCACGUCGAUGAUGUCCGAUACGUGUCACCGGGAAUCACAGCACCUGUGGAACCUUGAGGCUUUCACCAUGCUCGAAAAGCGGACGGACGGACAAACUUCGCCUCAAACUAUCACGCAUCGGAUCGAAAUUCAUCCUUCGUGUAACGUAGAUCCUUCUGGAACGUCUCCAACGAAUCUUGGUUAAGCCUUGGAAUCCGUACAAACCAACCUUCUCUCUUCUCUCUCUCUCUCUCCAAGACCGAUCCCAUUUCGCUUUUCAACUCGCAUUAUCCCGGCAAAGUGUUUGACUGGAGACCAUCAAACUGUGUGGAAUGGAGCUUCUAUCAACAUCUAACCCGCAUAAACCCUUCGAUAUCCCCCGUUAACAAACUAAACCAAACUUCAUUUCCGUUCUUCAAUGGCCUGCCACCCAGAUCUCUCUCCCAGCCUCGUCCCCGAGGCCGUCGAAGAAGCGGAAGAGGGAGCGGACCUCUGGUUCCGUUCUCGGUAACGUCGAAGUCUCGUAAAGAGGAAAAAAAAGAAGGGAAAGAAACAUCGCGCAAAACAUGAGAAGAGAGGACAUCGAAAAAUGGAAUUGAUCGAAUAAAGUAGAGCGAGAGAGAGAGAAGAUGGAAGCGAACGAAACGACGGAGGAUGGAUUGGUGGUGAAUACGACCGACUUGCCCGAUCUUUCCAACAUUUUCGUCGACACCGGCCAAUCGAAUCGUUCCUCCAACUUGUACGACCGCGAGGAGAACGACGAAUUGGAGCGCGUUAUUCUUCUGACCGUGAAAGCAACCGUGAUGGGUUUCAUCAUCCUGUGCGCCCUGUUCGGCAAUUUAUUGGUGAUCGUGUCCGUGAUGAGGCACAGGAAGCUUCGCGUGAUUACCAAUUACUUCGUGGUCUCGUUAGCGUUGGCGGAUAUGCUGGUCGCCAUUUUCGCCAUGACGUUCAACGCGUCGGUCGAACUCUCCGGAAGAUGGUUGUUCGGCUACUUUAUGUGCGACGUGUGGAACUCGUUGGACGUGUUUUUCAGCACCGUCUCCAUACUCCAUCUGUGCUGCAUCAGCGUGGAUCGUUACUACGCGAUCGUACAACCGUUGGACUAUCCGUUGAUCAUGACCAAUCUUCGACUCAGCACCAUGCUGAGCGUGGUUUGGUGCUCGCCAACGGUUAUGAGCUUCCUGCCCAUAUUCGCCGGAUGGUACACCACCGAGAAACACCUCGAGUACAGAAGAAAUUAUCCGGACGUGUGCGUGUUCCAAGUGAACAAACCUUACGCCGUGAUCAGCUCCAGUGUCAGUUUCUGGCUGCCCGGGAUCAUCAUGAUCGCCAUGUAUUACAAGAUUUAUAAGGAGGCUGACCGUCAAGAGCGGAUGUUGUAUCGGAGUAAAGUAGCAGCCGCUCUUUUGAACAAGCAUCUACAAAUCAAUGGCAUUUCCGCCGGUUUGGCCACACUUCCGACCGUGGAUCAAUCGCCGGAUCCACAACCAGAGGAGCCACAGAUCACGAGCAGCAGCAAAAUGAGAAGAGAACGAAAAGCUGCGAGAACGUUAGGAAUUAUUAUGUCAGCGUUUCUAGCAUGUUGGCUACCUUUUUUCCUAUGGUACAUCAUCACGUCUCUGUGCGACAGCUGCGAGAGCAGCGACUCGGUGGUAGCGGUGGUAUUCUGGGUGGGGUACUUCAACAGCGCGCUAAAUCCACUCAUCUACGCCUACUUCAACCGGGACUUCCGGGUCGCGUUCAGAAAGACGUUGAAGAGCUGUUGCGUUGCCCUGCGUCCGGUCCGCGACCUACGCCAAGCUCAUAGGAAGCAGGAUCUCGUGCACAGCAACGCGUCCUCUGAAUUGCACGUCAACAAUCAACUGAGAGCCAGCGAGAUGACGAACGUGCACAUCGAGGCGUGCAUCUGAGUUUUCGCCAAAGGAAGAUACUCCAACUUUCGAAACGAAGAAGAGGAGGAAGAAGGAUCUAAUGUUCGUUAAUAAAUUUAAGACGAUCGCUCUCGACUGUUGAAAAUUUUUGAUUCGUGUACAAUUAGAGAUUUUACCAAUUGAUAUCUCUCCAAUUGGCAGUUGUGUGUAACCGGUGUUAACUAAUUAAUUGGUCAGGGAAUCGAGGAAGAUUGUUUCGCUUGCCGAUUAAAAAGUGGGACAGUGCGAAAGAUAUUUUCGACAAAUUGAAGAAGGGAGGAGCAAUAGUUGAUGAAUCAAGUUUUGAACAAGUGAUUCGAAUUGGUUGUUUUAUCGAUAAAAAGUGCGAGUCUGUGGGCUUAAAACAGUUUCAGUGUUGAACAGCGAGAUAUCUAUGUUGCGAGCCAAUUUAUGGGAGAAAAAAGAGAAUUUAUAAAUUCGAAAGACUGUUAAAUUUUUUUAUAUCGUUUCGUUUCAUUUUUUUUUUACGAGGACGAAUCAUAUUAAUAAUUAUUUAUAAUAUAUUUACAAGGAUUUAAUUUACUAAAGGAUGAGUAGAUAUAUUUUUUUACCGUAGUAAUUCGUUUUAAAUGUCGUUGUAAAUAAAAUGCUUUUGAUCGAUUUUGACAAAUAAUAAAAUUGCGUAGAAGAAAACUUUU